AUGCGCCACGAGGGUUUGGAGAAUUUUGGAGCGGAGGAGGAGGCAAGGGGGGGCGGGCAGGGAAGUUUGGUUAUGGAAAUGGAUGUGGAGGAAUCCUCGCCGUCUUCGUCGCCGAUGUCGUCUCCGGCCGGGUCGUCGGAUUCCAUAGACCUCAACUUCCUGCCGUUCCUCAAGAGGGAGCCCAAGUCGGAGCCGGCGUCACCAGAGCUCGGGCCCCUGCCGCUGCCUGGGCCCCCGACCCAGACUCCGCCGCAACAGCAUGCGGCGGCUCCGGCUCCGGCUCCUGAGGCCUCGGUGCCUCUGCCGCCAGCGACUCCUGACCUCUCGUCCGCGCCGGUGAUGGCGCCGCUGCAGUCGCUGCCACCUAACCAGGACGUGGACGCGCUCCUUCAGGAGUACUACCGCCUCGCGAGCCUCUACGUCUCGUCUACGGGGUCCGGGGCGAUCGUCCCGGCGCCGGCGCCGGAGGCGGCCGCACCGGCGGUGGUGCAGUCCGCGUCCGGGUCCGUCGUGAAGAAGCGCCGGCCGCGUUCGUCGGACCUCGUGCGGGUCUCCUCGCUCGGCGUGCAGGACCAGAUCUACUUCCGCGAGCUCGUGCGCAGGGCGCGCAUCACUUUCGAGUGCCUCCGCGGGCUGCUACUCAGGGACGACGAGCGCGCCGAGUCCCUCGGCCUCGCGGGCGUCGCCGGGUUCGGCGUUGCCAGGGAACGGCGCCGCGUCCGCGCGGACCUGCGCGCCGCAGCGCUCAUGGCGGACCACGACCUCUGGCUCAAUCGCGACCGCCGCAUCGUGGGGCCGAUGCCCGGGAUCUCGGUGGGCGACGCCUUCUUCUUCCGCAUGGAGCUCUGCGUGCUUGGCCUCCAUGGCCAGGUGCAGGCAGGAAUUGAUUAUGUCACUGCAGGGAGGUCUGCAUCUGGGGAGCCUAUAGCCACAUCUAUAAUUGUAUCUGGUGGGUAUGAGGAUGAUGAUGAUCACGGCGACGUACUUGUGUACACUGGGCAUGGCGGCCGUGAUCCCAACCUCCACAAGCAUUGCGUUGAUCAGAAGCUGGAGGGCGGCAAUCUUGCGCUCGAGCGCAACAUGGCUUAUGGUAUUGAGAUUCGUGUAAUCCGUGCUGUCAAGUCAAGACGAAGCCCUGUUGGUAAGGUAUACUUCUACGAUGGCCUCUACAAGGUUGUCGACUACUGGCUCGACCGUGGGAAAUCUGGGUUUGGUGUUUAUAAGUAUAGAAUGCUGCGCAUUGAGGGCCAAGAGCCCAUGGGUACUGUCAAUUAUCGAGUAGCUGAACAGCUUAAGGUGGAUGUGUUGGCUAUAAGGCCAACAGGGUAUUUGAGCUUUGAUAUCUCCAUGGGCCGAGAGACCUUGCCAGUUGCACUCUUCAAUGAUGUUGAUGAUGAUCAGGACCCACUCUUGUUUGAGUAUCUGGCACGGCCAAUAUUUCCUACCUCUGCUGUCCAGGGGAAGUUUGCUGAAGGUGGUGGUGGUGGUUGUGAUUGCGCUGGGAUUUGCUCAAUUGGAUGUAACUGUGCAGGGAGGAAUGGUGGCGAGUUUGCAUAUGAUAAGACUGGAACCCUGCUACGAGGCAAGCCACUGGUAUAUGAGUGUGGGCCAUACUGCAGGUGCCCACCUAGUUGCCCCAACAGGGUUAGUCAGAAGGGGCUUCAACAUAGGCUUGAGGUAUUCCGGUCAAGGGAGACUGGGUGGGGAGUUCGGUCUUUGGAUCUCAUUAAGGCUGGCACAUUCAUUUGUGAAUUCAGCGGGAUUGUCCUUACUCACCAGCAGUCAGAGAUUGUGGCAGCGAAUGGCGAUUGCCUGGUGCGUCCAAGUAGGUUUCCUCCAAGGUGGUUGGAUUGGGGUGAUAUAUCUGAUGUGAACCCUGAUUAUGUGGCUCCAGACCAUCCUGCUAUUCCUGAGUUAAACUUUGCAAUUGAUGUGUCAAGGGCAAGGAAUGUGGCAUGCUAUUUCAGCCACAGUUGCAGUCCAAACAUGUUUGUCCAGUUUGUGCUGUUUGACCAUUACAAUGCGUCUUACCCCCACCUCAUGAUCUUUGCCAUGGAAAACAUUCCACCAUUGAGGGAGCUAAGCAUUGACUAUGGGAUGGUUGAUGAAUGGGUUGGACAGUUAACCAUGUAG